UACAUCGCGCCAAUCGUCGUACCUCGCGUUAACAUCGAUCGAUCACCGACAUCAUGAUGAUAUUAUAGACGUUUUUGUUUUGAACGUCAGAUUUUCCGUAUCCAGAAAAAAAUAAGUGCUAUACAAAAUACGAUCGUCCAUAUAAUUAUACACAUAACCYAGGGAGACGUCAUGUCCUCGCGUGCCAGACGAGUGAAUCGAAUCGUGAUAAUCGAAACGGGGGUGCCGACAAUCUAGCCAAUAUUAUAAAUUUAACGACGAAUCGCAAUUAUUUCAUACGAAACCAUCGUCGUGUUCGGUACGAUAUUAUUAUUAWAUCGUACACGUUUAAGUAUAAUACGCAUCUACCGAGAAACAUCGUUACACGAAUACCUAUAUUACUGCCAUGUCUGCCGGGCUCAAACGGAACAUCAACAACAAUGUGGUCGACACCACCGCCGACCGGAAAUGGAGCCCGGAAGUCCAUACGAAAAUAUUCAUACCACCCAUUAGCGUCACGGAACCCCGAGCGAAAUUUGCCAAAGAAACCGGUGUCAAAACUGCUCAACAAGAACCACGACGGAAGUACGUGACGACGGCGGUCUGCAGCAGCGGAAGCGACAGUAGCGAAGGUGGUUGUGCGGGUGUCGGUGGCGUGGGAAGGGGCCGCCGACAUCCGGUGUCACGAAGUGGUUCGUACCGUGGCCAGCCGCAGGCGUUGUCGCCCAUAUCGGCUGGGGCGCUGUCGCCCAGCCUGCGGUCGCUCGGCAAGCCAAGCUCRCCUUCAGCGGCCGCGAUGGCCAUCGGCUCCGCGAACCACAACUCGAUGUCUGGCAGCGGUGGUAUGUACGCGUCAGCCCAUCACCAGCACCAAGACGCGUCACCGCUCCGGUCGUGGUCGGAUGCCGUGUCCGUCCGGUCAUUGGCGUCCAUCGGAAUGGGCUCGACGGACGGCCGGAAGCUGACCAUCGCUAAGGUGCCCACAUCGCCCGCGGAACUGCUCAACUUGGCCAGCCCUCAAACAUUUAUUGAGAAAGACGACGGUGAUUUUACAGAAUGCAGCAGUUGUUCCAGGUCACUUGCCGAGUCGUUAUCGGAUUUCCGGUCUAGGACAAGAACUCACUAUUGGCGUAAUAAACUCCAAUUCAUUUUAGCAUGCCUGGGCUGUUCGGUGGGCCUAGGCAACAUGUGGAGGUUUCCAUAUCACUGCCACAAAAGUGGCGGAGGUAUAUUUUUGAUACCAUAUUUUUUGGUGAUGAUAUUUUGUGGAAUACCAUUACUAUAUUUAGAAUUGGCUAUUGGACAGUUUACUAAACGAGGACCAAUUAGUGCAAUAUCAAAACUCUGUCCAAUUCUAAAAGGUGUUGGUUUAUCCAGCGUGGUGACGUCGUUUUUCGUAUCCGUCUAUUACAACGUGAUCAUUGCAUACACUCUGUAUUAUUUCUUCUCAGCAAUCCAGGACCAGCCACCGUGGGCGCACUGCAACAACCGGUGGAACACUGACCGCUGUUGGAUAGCAGGCAUUAACACCACUAGGCCUUUGGACGGCCGAAGUCCUGCCGAAGAGUUUUACAACGUGAAAAUGCUGCAGAUYGCAAAGGACCCGAACACAUUGGGCAACGUUCGCUGGGAGUUGGCCGUGUGCAUGUUGGUCGUGUCCACCGUUGUGUACUUCAAGCUGUGGAAAAGCACCGAAUCGUCAGGCCGCGUGCUGCAUCUGACCGCUACUCUGCCGUUCGCCAUGCUAGCCGUACUGCUAGUCCGGUCACUGAUGCUGGACGGCGCUGACAUCGGUAUCGAAUAUUUCUUGUUCAAACUCCGCUGGGAACUGCUUUUGGACUCGAAGGUUUGGGUGAGCGCUGUGGGUCAAAACCUAAGCUCCAUCGGUAUCGCCUUCGGUCUGGUAAUUUCGUUUUCUUCGUACAACCGUUACAACAACAAUAUUAUGGUGGAUACRGUGACCAUAUCGCUCAUUAACGGAGUAUCGAGUUUUGCAGUUGGACUUUUCACGUUCGCCACUUUGGGUAACAUGGCCAAGGAAUACGGAAAGACUGUGGAAGACGUCAUACCGGAUGGACCAGGAAUCGUGUUCAUUCUGUUCACCAAAGUGCUWUCCAGUAUGCCGUACUCCACGUACCUGUCGAUGUUACUGUUCUUCAUGAUGUUUUGUCUGGCCCUGAACAGCGAGUUCGCCAUCGUGGAAGUCAUCGUGACGUCCAUACAGGAUGGAUUUCCACGCGCUGUCAAAAAAUACCUUAUCUGUCACGAACUUUUGGUCUUGGUGGUCUGCUUUGCUUCAUUUCUACUCGGACUUCCACUCGUCACACAGGGUGGUACAUAUUUGUUCCAAAUAAUUGACUAUUAUACUUCUACGUGGUCUGUGAUUUACAUUGCUUUUUUCGAAGUGAUAGCGGUAUCCUGGAUGUACGGUGGUAAUAAAAUAGUAGCAGACAUCGAAAGAAUCACGGGAACAAAACCGUUGUGGUUUUUCAAAUUCAGUUGGUACAUUACUACUCCUCUUUCAUUAAUGUUUGUAUGGGCUUUCAGUUUAACAGACUAUGAACCACCAACCUAUAUGAAUGGCACUCGGAGUUUUCCCACUUGGGUCCACAUGAUAGGGUGGUCCAUGGUUAUGAUCUCAUUGGCAUGCAUACCCAUCAUGUCUGUUUAUACGUUCCUACAUUCCGAAGGGAUGACAUUUUACCAAAAACUGAACAGAUCAAUGAAGCCCAAAUCAAAUGAAUUUGGUGAGAUACCAAUCGCAUCAAAAGAUAAUUUAAAGGAAAUGGCUACUUUAAUAGAAUGCAAAGCACCUCAAAUACCGCCURUUAUUGUCUUUCCAGAAACUAUUAAAAAUAGUAAAAUAUAUAAUAAUUUAUGAUAGUAAUUACCAGCGAGUUUUGUUCACAAUUAUACCCUUAAGUUUUUUCAAAAAUAGCAAUUUUAAUAUAGAUAAAAUUUUAAUAUACUGUCGUAUGUCACUGUAACACACUAUAAACACACAUUCCAUACARCAACUAUAAUAUAAUACACUCAACAGGUAGGUACAACCACAGAAUAUCACAAUACAACUCAUUGUUCCAUAUAUGUAUUAUAUAACACUCAACUUUUACCUACUUUAUUUUUUAUAUCAUUAAACAUAAUAU